AUGCCUCCUGCACAUUCGCUGCUUGUCGUCCCAAAACUCUUCUCGCACUACAUCCCUGCCAAUGACCUCUCAGCCGCUGACCUCUUGCUCUUUGAGCUUCCUGCUUUUGCACCUCAGAACCACGCCCAGCUCGAACUCAGCACCGACUCUCCGACAGCCUUCUCCGAUGAGAUCACGACCCUCACCGAUAUCCUUAACCAUGCCCAGCUCGAACUCAGCACCGACUCGCCGACAGCCUUCUCCGAUGAGAUCACGACCCUCACCGAUAUCCUUGUUCCUCCUCGCGAUGUGGUUUUGAAGCUGCGCGGCCAACUAAGGCAUCUAUUGAACACUCCAGGCCUUCUUUAUCGCAGUAUCCGCGCGAGUACGAGCUUUCAGCAACCUGUCUUGGUUCCACUCUGGACCGUGACCUUUUGGUUCGAUAUCUUCGAUGCCAUGAUCUUCGUGCCGAAACUGCGUGACGCGAUGAUCUACAGUCGUGUCCACACUUCUCGCAACGUCCCAGUAUACCUUUCACAUGUUGUCGUCGGUUUAGAGCAUUUCUGGACGACCAUCGGUUGGAAUGUGCCAUUACCGUGUGGGCCAACCCAUCUCAAUGGUAGCCACACCACCAUCCAUAUGUGCGACCUCUUUGAUCUCUUUGCUGAUCGUGACAUGGAUGGCAAGCUUGUAGAAGCUGUCAUACAUCUGUUCCGCGGCUGGAUAGCCAUGCAUCAUCUCCAGUGUCAGGCUUGA